AUGCUCGAAUCAACGAUGCAAUCUUAUAAGCCCCCACAUCUUCGUAGGCCACAAGCACAACUCUCUGGUCAGCCCUCCGCGUCUUCAACGGCUCCCAGUAGGAUAAUAAAUAAACCCCGAUAUGGCCCUACAGCGUCUUCGUCUUCUCUCGCGGCGCCUGCCUCCGACCUCAAACCCAUGCGACCCAGGGCAGCGAGCACGGAGCAGGACAUGUUGGGAAACAUACAAUCCGUGUCAAGAAGUGGUGGGGAUGGGGCAGAGGGCGAUGCCUCACGGACGAAGGCUAGUCUGAAAGAUUGGAAGACGCAAGAGCGUUAUCGACGAUACAUCGACCAAAGAAUACAGAAACAUUACACCACGCAUUCAACUCCGAGACAUCAACCGCCAAAUUUUGCCAAUACAGAGGAGAUGGAGUCAUUACAGAGUAUCGUUCUCUUAUUUCUAUUCGAAUCGUCUGUCCGUUUUUGCAUAUUGGCCAAAAACACCGGUCAAUUGCUAUCCGCUCUAAGUGGUUUGGUUCCUGGCUUGUACCUCGCCGUAGAUUCCACUCGCAGAAAGGGCAAGUCAAAACAGCAAGAUUCGUCCGCCCUUGAUAACCUUGCCGAUCGUAUCUCAAAGAUCGAUCUUGAUUCUUCUUCGAGACGUGAUGCGAGAGAAGAAUUCGCUUCCUUGUUACUCCUCUUCCACCUCGUUCAGGAUGCUUCUUCGUCCACAAACUUUCACUCCACCCUCAUGGAACUCACAAAUCAUCAAUCACGCCGUCUUCGAACCCCAUUUACCCAUUCCCAAUUAAACUCAAUUCCACCUACCCAACCUCAAGAUCCAUUCUUGCUCAGAUCAGCUUUGGCGUAUUCGAUCAGGGCGUAUCAUGCUGUCUCUGUCGAGCAUUUCAGUCCUCUGGCGUAUUACGCACUUUUAGACAAUCCUUCCGCUUCACCAUACGAAAAGAUGAUCUUAUCCUGGGUCGAAAGUGGAAUACGGGAACGGGUUUGGGAGGUGUUGAAGAAGACGGUGAUAAAGUGGAGAGCGGUAGACUGA